CAGCUUGUGGGAAAUCCUGAAGAUGGCCAAAGACGAUUCCACUGUUCGGUGCUUCCAGGGCCUGUUGAUUUUUGGACACGUAAUUGUUGGUAUGUGUGGCAUCGCCCUGACAGCAGAGUGUAUCUUCUUUGUAUCUGACCAACACAGUCUUUACCCACUUCUCGAAGCCACCAACAAUGAUGAUAUCUUUGGGGCAGCUUGGAUAGGCAUGUUCGUGGGCAUCUGCCUCUUCUGUUUGUCCGUUCUAGCCAUAGUAGGAAUUAUGAAGUCCAACAGGAAAAUCCUCUUGGCGUACUUCAUCAUGAUGUUUAUAGUGUACGGUUUUGAAGUGGCAUCUUGCAUCACAGCAGCAACGCAACGCGACUUUUUCACAACCAACCUCUUCCUGAAGCAGAUGCUGAUGAGGUAUCAAAACAACAGUCCCCCAACCAAUGAUGACAAAUGGAAGAACAAUGGGGUCACCAAGACCUGGGACAGGCUCAUGCUCCAGGACCACUGCUGUGGUGUAAACGGUCCGUCAGACUGGCAGAAAUACACCUCCGCCUUCCGGGUGGAGAAUAAUGAUGCUGACUACCCCUGGCCUCGGCAGUGCUGUGUCAUGAACAAGCUUAAUGAGCCUCUCAACCUGGAUGCUUGCAAACUUGGGGUGCCUGGUUAUUACCACAGUCAGGGCUGCUAUCAACUGAUCUCCGGACCAAUGGACCGGCAUGCCUGGGGAGUUGCCUGGUUUGGAUUUGCCAUCCUCUGCUGGACUUUUUGGGUUCUCCUGGGCACCAUGUUCUACUGGAGCAGAAUCGAAUAUUAAGCACACACAGUGUCUCCACCAUACCUCCCUCCCUGGGUGACUCUGAAUUUGGUGCUGGAACCUGCUGUUUCAUGACACACCCUCUGUGUGCUCCGCCCCGUGACUCCUGCUUGUCUCUCUCAAAUGCCAGUUCCGGUGGAAUAGGCUUCCUUUAGGCUCUCAAGAUGCUGCAAUCCUUAGCAGAAAUAUUUCUCAUCCUUGCCUAAAUUCCACAACGUAUUUAUAUACUAUAAGACAGAAAGUGUACUAUAUAUGUACUAUAUUUAAUGUAGUACUUACAUGUACUAUAUAAGAGAAAAAUUUGGAGAGUGGAGAUGACUCUCAUUCCUGUCUAUGUUUAAUGUGGGAGCACAGUGAUAUUCAAAGGAGCCUGCCUCACCAUUCAUUGUAAGCUCUGUCUGUUUUGAGUAGCAAAUUCAAGAAACACUAUUUUCCUCAGCCUUGCAGGACUUUUGUUUGUCACUGUGUAGGCUGGGGGAGGGGGGUUGCCCUGUGAAGGAGGAGGACAUUGCAGAGUCAUGCCUUACUCUGCCUCUAGUUCUGCUGUGACUUCUGCCUGCAGUGUUCCUCACACCUUUGGAUGCCUUUAGUCUCCAGGACAACCCUUGAUUUUCGUUUAACAAAGUGUUCAGACUUCCUCUCAUGCCCUGUGGAGUGAUGUGCAUUUAUCAACCCCACUCUCUGUUCAUUGAGUAUAUGGAAACUUUGGGGACAUCGACCAUGCCCAUUUUACAUCAGCUCAGUCUUUUCCCCUCAGAGGUUUCAACCGGAAACACUUCUCAAACCGCGGGAUCCAUGCCAGCUAUUCAAACAAGUGAUUUAUAGGGUCUUUUGUUUGCUGUCAAAAUAGUUUGCUCACAUUAAGGAUCCCGAAGGAAGUCCUGACAAGUCACCGUUUGUUUGCCUAUCCAUAAAUAAAGGAGUCCAUAAAAUA